GGGAAGUAGCAGCAGCAGAAGCCGAGUCAGGGAAAAAGCGAAGCAAGUGGGGCGACCCUGAGGGGUUCUGGUGAAGUCGUAGCCGUCAUGGCCACCCUCCGAGCCAGGAAGGAUCCUCUCCUCCCGGGUGUAUCUCCCACCCCUAGCAAGAUUCCCGUACGCUCUCAGAGACGGCUGCCUCUCCCCACAGUCAAGUCCUGCGCCGUGGACCAGGAGAACCAAGAUCCAAGGAGAUUGGUGCAGAAGCUCAGUAUUCAGCACCCGCUCGUUGACUCAGCGGGCCUCAGGCUGAAAGCCACACAUCAAACAGAGAAAUUAGAGAGAUUGGUGGGGAGCUCUCAGCUCCGAAACCCCUUGGAGGAGCUCAAACCUAGCCCUGGGGGACAAAAUGUGGAGGCUGGGCCCUCGACCCAGACAGAGGCUCCAGGGGCCAUAGAGUUUGUGGCUGACCCUGCAGCCCUGGCCACCAUCCUGUCAGGUGAGGGGGUGAAGAGCUGUCACUUGGGGCGGCAGCCCAGUCUGGCUCAGAGAGUCCUGGUUCGAGGGAGCCAGGGAGGCACCAUCCGGAGGGGCCAGGGUGCCCGGGCCUCUGCAUAUUUGGCCCCCAAAACCCCCACCCACCAACUGGACCCUGCCAGGGCUUCCUGCUUUUCGAGGCUGGAGGGACCAGGACCACGCGGCCGGACCUUGUGCCCCCAGAGGCUAGAGGCUCUGAUCCCACCUUCAGGACGUUCCUUGCACCCCUCCGCUCGCCCCAGUUUCAAGGAGCUAAGAAGAGAGACAAGUGGAAGCAGCCGGACUUCAGUGAGCCAGGCCUCGGGAUUGCUCCUGGAGACUCCAGUCCAGCCUGCUUCCUCUCUCCCUGAAGGAAAACAUGAAGUUGUCACUCACUCAGAUGAAGUAGGAGGGGGUCCCCUUGGUCUGGCCCAGCGGGUACCAUUAAGAGAAACCAGAGAGAUAACCCGAACCAGGGACAGCCAUGACUCCCACCUGAUGCCCUCCCCUGGCUGUGUGGCGCCACCUUCCAUUGCCCGUCCAUCACCCUUUGGACGGGCUCAGCGUGUCCUGUCCCCUGCCCCCUCAGCUCCGACCUCAUAUUCAGUGUUGCGGCGUUUGGCCAUUCGCCCCAAAAUCCAGUUUACACCCAUCCCAUCAGCCCCCAGAGUUCAACAGGCCCAGUGGUUGAGUGGCCUCUCCCCUCAGUCUUGCCCAGAAGAGCCUGCCCUGCCCUGGGAGCAGAUUGCAGUUCGGUUAUUUGACCAGGAGAGUUGUAUAAGGUUGCAGGAGGGGCCUGGGACACUACCUGUGGCAACUCCUUAUGGACCCCACCCCAGUAGAACCCCCAACCUCCAGGAGCUGAAGAUGCAGCGCAUUGGUAUCCUGCAGCAGCUUUUGCGACAGGAGGUAGAGGGGCUGGCAGGGGGCAAAUGUGCCCCCCUUAAUGGAGGCUCCUCUCUGGAUAUGGUUGAACUUCGGCCUCUGCUGGCUGAGAUUUCUAAAACUCGGAAUGCCCCAGAGCACAGUUUGGGGACUUCCCACCUUCCUGGACUGUUUCAGCACUCUGGGCUGCCAAAGCCCUGCGUUCCAGAGGAGGGUGAGGAACCACAGCCCUGCCCGGGAGCAGAGCCUGAGGUAGCUCAGCCCUGUCCUCCCGCAGAGCCAGGGCCCCCAGAGUCCUGCCAUAGGAGAGAGCCUGAGGUACCAGAGCCCUCUGCCCAGGAACAGCCCUGCCCUCCGGUAGAGCCUGGACCCCUUCAGGCCUGUCCCCAGAGGCAGACUGGACUCCCAGAGCCCUCCCCUAGGCUAGAGUCUGGGGCAUCAGAGGCCUGCUCCCUGGAACCUAGAAGUCCAGAGGCCAGCCCACAUCCCUGCCACAGUCAGGGGGCUCCAGAGACCACCAGCCUGAUCUUCUCCUCCCAACGCCCACUUUGUGCCAGCCCCUCUAUCUGCUCACUCCAGUCUCUGAAGCCCCCAACAGGCCAGGCAGGCUCCAACAGUUUGGCCCCUCGAGCCUUGGCCCUGAGGCAGCGCCUCAAAGCAUGUCUGACGGCCAUCCACUGCUUCCAUGAAGCCCGCCUGGAUGAUGAGUGUGCCUUCUACACCAGCCGAGCCCCUCCCCCAGGACCCACCCGGGUCUGCACCAACCCUGUGGCCACGUUACUCGAAUGGCAGGAUGCCCUGUGUUUUAUUCCAGUCGGUUCUGCUGUCCCUCAGGACUCGCCAUCAUGAGGCAUCCGCCUCCACCUACUCCUGCUCUGCCUUGCUCCUUUGUUUUAGCCCUUAUUUAUUGUUGGUCCACCCCAUGGACUGGGAGCCAACACCCUUUUGUCCUUCAAUAAAG